CUUCAUCGCCCAUCGCGGAGUUCGCGGCCAUCAUGAGCGCAAUUCAAGGAUCACCAAACACAGGCACUCGUGUCACCAUGAAGCCGCGCAUAGCAAUCCGCGAGAAGCCCCACCGCUUCCAGCUCUCGCCGCUUCGCGAAGUCCCUGCUGUGAAGACGCCGUUGAACCGCGCCCACAUACCUACUCGCAGCGCUUUCAGGGACAAAACCAAUACCGCCUUGCGCGCCUUGACGCAGAAUACGUCUCGAAGUGAAGUUGGAGGUGUCAAGGCUCCGUUCUUGAAGUCGUCCACUCGUCCACAAUCUACUCGUACCAGAGCAUCCAGCGUAUCAAGAACUCCAACCUCCGCUUCGAAAGCGAACAGCGCCUCUCGCAAGGCUUCCAUUUCUCAGGGCAGCAAUGCCCAUACCCGCUCGAAGACAUCACCCUCGCCAUUCUCACCUUCCAUCGCAAAGCCUACCCAACGAUCGUCUGUCCAGACGCCCAAACGAUCUGCAAAUAAGCUCGCCGGUAACAAGAGAGAUACUUGCAGCCCUUCGUACAACACCGUCCUUGCCUCAGCCCGGUCCGAUACUCCAUCUGCACCUACAUACGACGUACGAGGGGCAGCUCUCAUCGCAAGGGCCACGCAAGUGAUGCAACGGUCUAUGCCCGGCCCACCUAAGCUUCCUGCCUCACGCAAAGCGCUUGUCGAUCGCCAAACACGCAGCGCCUUUUCGGUAUACCAUGACAACUCCAUGUCGUCGGACGCUGCAGCCUUCGGUUCGCCCACGAGUGCGCUCCGUAGGUCAACCAACUUCGACCCUACGCCGCAAUGUUCGCGACUGGCGCGCUCCCCCAGCGCCUUUGGGCACACUUGGAAGGCCCUCAGCAUUGAUACGCCUACGAAGCGCCCUCAGACUCCCUCGCGCAUCCCUCGCUCCCGACGCAAUCUCUCGCUAGAGUCGGCCUUGAACUACCCCCUUGCUCUCGACGAUAGCACUGUGUGCUUAGCCUUCGACCUCGAACAGGACUGCGGGAUCGGCGGAGAAGAUAUGACACCCAUCAGCCGCGGUGCGCUUCUGCAUGCCUGGAAUGCCGGCGUACGUCCCGCGACGCCGUUCAUGCAUAGUCAGUCGAGUGAUUCCAUCCUCGAUCUUGUCAGCAAGAGGGCGUCCGGCACGGGAUUCGCAGCUGGCGGCGCCGUCGUCGAUGAUUUCCUCGCCCGCCUCAAGAACGGAGUGGAGGGCAAGUUGCUUCGCCCUGGGUUCAAGCCCGAAGUCGCUAGUCAGGGUGCAGCUCGUAACGUCGACCCAUCUACCAAGUCAGCUACCUCCGAGGUAUCGCCAGCGGGGCCUAAGGCGAAGUACGCAUCUGUCUCUGCCGUCCGCCCCGGUUCAGGCCACGACACCGCAGGCGACGUUGUGCCCUCCAGGGCCGAUGCGCGUCAGAGCAUGAAGCGCCAUGCGAUCUACACUCGCUCGCUGCACAUGCCGAACUUCCGUGGCUUCUCUGAGGGCGAGGGGUUGAAGCAGAGAAGCAGAGCUGGCACGACUGGUCAGACGUUCAGCAGUAGCCAGCGACAGGUUCAGUUAUCACCCGACGCCAAGGCCCUUUACGAGAGCAGCAAGGCCGGCAGGGCAGCCAACAUCGCCGACAGGUCACUGCUCUUGGAGCCCUUCUCUCUCGACAGCGCCAUUGGAUCCCAGGCCUCGCUCAGUAGCAUGUACUCUCAGACCUCGAUUGCCAACACGCUCUUCAACCAUACGUCGACGCCGCUGGGAACUCAUCGCUCGGCCUACUCUCUCGAUAGUAUCUCUUGCGUCGCGGAUCUUUCCCACUCUGUCUCUGGCAAGUUGUCGACCCUCGGUUCGUCCGCUGGCUCUUGCGACAAUCUCUCGCGAAAGCUUCUUUCGACACUUCCCUGUCAAGACGACCUGCCACCAACUACGUCAGCUAGCUCAUCGGCGUCAACGAACGAAAAUUCGGACGCUGACGUUUUCGGAACUCCAACUAUCUCUCAAACGGCUACACGACCUGCAGACGAACACCAUGACACGACUUUCGCCUACCCUCCAUUGUCUAUCGCCAUUGUGCCGCCCACCGAUCCGAUUAGUGAUGCGUCCUCAAAUGAGUCCCUCUGUUCUCUGGCUACGAGCAGCGAUUUUCUCCACCCAGACAGACGCAGCUUCACUUCGACUGCUCCCUCACUGCCACGCACCAGGCGAAUGUCCUCGCUCAACGUGCAGGUCAAGGUGUCGCCCACUCGGCUUGCUCCGAACUUUGGGACGAAGGCGGGCCACCAUCCUAUCAUCGUAGAACUUUUGGAGGAAGUGGACAGGGACCUCAUGUCGUGGAUGCAGAUGCAGGUGGAAGCGACCGUGUUUGAAUAUGGGGCGGCCUUCUGAGGGUCCUCAUCUGUCUAUACCGAGUAUGCAACCUACUCAGCUCCCAUCCUAUUUAUCUCUUUCCCUGGAAUACACCGCGAUAGGCUUGUUAUGACGAGGA